CCUCCUCCCCCUCGCCGGUCCCACAGCCGCAGCUGCUGCGCCCGCGCGCUCCCGGGGACAUUCGAACCUCCGCCCGGGCCCGCCGCCGCUCGCCCCGCUAUUAAUACCGGCGGCCCGGGAGGGGGGCGCAGCGUGCGCAGCGCAGCGAUGGGGACGCUGCUGGCCUUCGUGGUCGGCGCGGCACUGGUGUCCUCGGCCUGGGGGGGCUGUGUGGAGGUGGACUCAGAGACUGAGGCUGUGUAUGGGAUGACCUUCAAAAUACUGUGCAUCUCGUGCAAGCGUCGAAGUGAGACCACCGCAGAGACCUUCACCGAGUGGACCUUCCGCCAGAAGGGCACUGAGGAGUUUGUCAAGAUCCUGCGCUACGAGAACGAGGUGCUGCAGCUGGAGGAAGACGAGCGCUUUGAGGGCCGCGUGGUGUGGAAUGGCAGCCGGGGCACCAAGGACCUGCAGGACCUGUCCAUCUUCAUCACCAAUGUCACCUACAACCACUCAGGUGACUACGAAUGCCAUGUCUACCGCCUGCUGUUCUUUGAGAACUAUGAGCACAACACCAGCGUUGUCAAAAAGAUCCACCUUGAGGUGGUGGACAAAGCCAACAGAGACAUGGCGUCCAUCGUGUCUGAGAUCAUGAUGUACGUGCUCAUCGUGGUACUGACCAUAUGGCUUGUGGCAGAGAUGGUUUACUGCUAUAAGAAGAUCGCGGCUGCCACGGAGGCCGCUGCGCAAGAGAAUGCCUCGGAGUACCUGGCCAUCACCUCUGAAAGCAAAGAGAACUGUACGGGCGUCCAGGUGGCCGAAUAGCCCUGGUCCUGGGCUCCGCCCUGAUGGGGGACAGCCUGCCCCCAGAGGGGGCUGGCCAUUCCUGGGCCUCCACGAGCCUCAGAGUCCUGCCAACAGAGCCGCCAGGGAGGGAGGGGCAGGGGGACUGGCUCGGCUCACACCCCAACUCGGCCUUCUUUCCUCCUGCCCCUUGCCCACCCACCGCCAUGCAUGAUGGGUAAAGCAAUACUGCCGCUGCCCCUCCCCCUGCUUCUGCUGCCUGUUUGGGGAGGGGUCGGUGAGGCGGGGGCAGCGGCUCCGCACCUCUUCUUCUUGCUGAUUUGCACACAUCGGCCGCUUUGGACGUGCACUGCUGGGCCCAGCCUGUCCCUGCCCCGUCCCUGCCCGGCCCUGGGGGGGGGGAAGGGGUCGUGAUGGGCUGGAACAGUUUGGGGCAGGUGGUUCUGGUACCCACUGCGACCCCAGCAUCAUUUCCCCUCCUGCUUCCUCCGGCUGGACCUGGGGUCCCCUGUCCCUGUAAUGCACUCUUGCCCCGGCCCCACCCGCCCUCUCUCACCAGCCUUGGAUCGUGGCCACUUAGAAAGGGGCCCAUUCUGCCUCGUCUCUCUUUACAGAAGUAGUUUUGUUCAUGAAAUAAAGAUUCUUGGACUUGA